CUUGGCCUUCCAAUAGCAAAGCUGGGAGAGGGCCGAGGGCAGAGCCCUGACCCUGCCUCUCUCCUCCUCUCCUUCCAGCGGUGGUUGACUUCCCCGGUUUGCCUCGAGGGAUCCAGCUGAAUCACUGUUGCCAUAAAAACAGGGCUGAGCUGGCUGUGUCGAAAGCCACUGGACCUGGAAGAAACUAGUCAGGAAAACCCUGACUAUCAGCUGAUAGAUUGCUGCCUGAUAACUCCUGAACACUGGUACCACUUUGUCCAGACUAGUGCAACUCUUCGGGAGCUGUCCAGAAUACCGAGCUGUUUCAGCCUAAAUCGGCUGAGCUCCCUUCCCCCAUGCUUGAGGGCGCCGAGCUGUACUUCAACGUGGACCAUGGCUACCUGGAGGGCCUGGUGCGAGGCUGCAAAGCCAGCCUCCUGACUCAGCAGGACUACAUCAACCUGGUCCAGUGUGAGACCCUGGAAGAUGUGAGGAUACAUCUCCAGACCACUGAUUAUGGCAACUUCUUAGCUAAUCAAACAAAUCCUCUCACGGUUUCCAAAAUUGACACUGAGAUGAAGAAAAAGCUAUGCAGAGAAUUUGAGUAUUUCCAGAAUCAUUCUCUGGAGCCCCUGAGCACAUUUUUCACAUACAUGACAUGCAGUUACAUGAUAGACAAUGUAAUUCUACUGAUGAAUGGUGCAUUACAAAAAAAAUCUGUGAAAGAGAUUCUGGUGAAGUGCCACCCACUGGGCCGUUUCACAGAAAUGGAAGCAGUCAACAUUGCCGAGACACCUACUGACCUCUUUAAUGCUGUUCUGGUUGAGACACCAUUAGCUCCAUUUUUCCAAGACUGUAUGUCUGAAAAUAUUCUAGAUGAACUGAAUAUUGAAUUACUGCGCAAUAAACUAUACAAGUCUUAUCUCGAAGCAUUCUAUAAAUUCUGUAAGAAUCAUGGUGAUGUCACAGCGGAUAUUAUGUGUCCCGUUCUUGAGUUUGAGGCUGACAGACGUGCUUUCAUCAUCACUCUUAACUCCUUUGGGACCGAACUGAGCAAAGAGGACCGGAAGACCCUCUACCCCACCUGUGGUAUGCUCCAUCCUGAGGGGCUGUGCCUGUUGGCCCAAGCAGAAGACUUUGAACAGAUGAAGAGAGUGGCAGAUCAUUAUGGGGUAUACAAGCCUUUGUUCGAGGCUGUGGGUGAUGGCAGUGGGGGAAAGACCUUGGAGGAUGUGUUUUAUGAGCGUGAGGUACAAAUGAAUGUGCUGGCCUUCAACAGGCAGUUCCAUCACGGAGUGUUUUACGCAUACACAAAGCUGAAGGAGCAAGAGAUGAGAAAUGUCGUGUGGAUAGCAGAAUGCAUUUCACAAAGGCAUCGGACUAAAAUUAACAGUUACAUUCCAAUUUUAUAAUUCAGUGGGGGACCUCAAAUGCAGAAAAUCAUAAACGUCAAGAGGGAGUUUCGAGGAAAGUAAAAGCAAUCGUGUUAUUAUCUAGGUUACAUAAAAAUAAGAUACACUCCACCUCCGUGAAUUGCAGGCUCACUGAAAACAGUAAACCAGUCCUGUCACCAAGUCUUACUUGUUUUUCUAGCAGUCUUAAAUCUUGUUUCCACAUUUCUGUCUCAUUCUUCACCAGAAUUUAGACAUUAAUUUUAAUUAACCAUAUAAUACUUUUCCUAUUCUUGAUUAGUUACAUUAAAACCCAAAUCUAAUAAGUUUUUCACUCUUGCAUAUCCACAUUUCUCCACAAGCACACAUACUGUCUGCUUUACUUUUUAACUAUCUGUUCCUGUCCUAAGUCCACAAAAGUCCUGAGCUGUAUGGAGACAACGUGGACCAUUUGUGAUGGGAAAUAAUGGGUUUUUUUUUCUACUACACUUUGAUCUGGAAAGCUCGGGAAAACUGCCCCAUUCUGAAUUAUAGUCCCUACGUGCAAGUAAUGUUAAAUAUGUUAUUAAGGCUACAGCUUACAACUGAUUUUCUUCCAACUUUCUUUAAAUAAAAGGUGUAUCUCUAUUGCA